AUGCUAAAAGAAUUUCAAGCAUUAGAGGCUAAUAACACUUGGGAUAUUGUACCUCCUCCCCUUAACAAAAAGGUUAUCCCUUGCAAAUGGGUGUACAAAAUAAAACAGAAAUCUGAUGGUUCUGUUGAGAGGUACAAGGCACGGUUAGUCAUUAGGGGUGAUACUCAGAAGGAGAAAAUUGAUUACAAUAAAACAUUCUCCCCGGUUGUCAAAUUUACUACUAUCAAGUGCCUUCUUUCCCUUGCCAUAAAGAGGAACUGGACUGUCUAUCAACUUGAUAUAAAUAAUGUCUUCCUCCAUGGAUUUGGGACAAUCCAUUAUUUCCUUGGUUUGGAUGGCACUCAAUAUCCUGAAGGAUACAUCAUCAGCCAACAGAAGUUUACACAGGACUUGCUGGCAGAAUUUCACUGCCAUAAUUUUUCCUCUGUUAUGACUCCUCUUGAUACUUCUGUCAAGUUUUUUACUGAUAUGGGUGACCCAUUAACUGAUCCUAGCACCUAUCUGAGAAUUAUUGGCAAACUCAACUUUCUCCAACACACAAGGCCAGAUAUAUUUUUUUGUGUUCAACAUUUAAGUCAGUUCCUUCAAGCUCCUCAAGUUCCUCAUAUGCUUGCUGCACUCCAUGCCCUGAGGUAUCUGCCCAAUGCUUCUACUUUAGGGAUUCUUUUUUCUUCCUCUUUUGAUACCUCUAUCAAAGCCUACUCUGACUCUGAUUGGGCUGCUUGUGCUAAGUCAAUGAGGUUUGUUUCUGGUUUUUAUAUUACACUUGGUGGUCCACCAAUCUCCUGGAAAAGCAAGAAGCAACCCACUAUUUCACUAUCUUCUGCUUAA